AUCGGACAACCAAACAAAAUGGCAGCAGCUAUAAGCAUUGGAAAACCAGUUGGGUUUGGGCUUCGUCGAUGGUGUAUUACUGUUAAAGGUUUUCGAUUGCCGGCAGUUAUAUGGAAGGAAACUCAAGUGAACUAUUCAAAUUAUUCUGCGCCUUCAUUUCCAGAAUUUAAAAGUGCAUACAGUCUCGAUAAAAUAUAUGCAGAUAGCAGUCUGAACUUAAAUACAAUUCCAGAGCCACCAAAAAAUUCUGAAGAGAAGUUUUCUGGAUAUAUUCCGAUAGAUAAAUUAAAGAUUUCUUAUAGUCGAAGUAGUGGGCCAGGAGGUCAAAAUGUUAAUAAGGUCAAUACGAAAGUAGAGAUUCGAUUUCAUCUCUCUACUGCAGAUUGGAUACCAGAAAGUGUCAGAAACAAGAUGUUAGAAAUUUACAAGACCAGCAUCAACAAGGAGGGAUAUUUUAUGGUCAAUUCGGACAAGACUCGUACACAAACUUUAAAUCUGGCUGACUGUAUGGACAAAAUUAGAUGUAUGAUUCGAGAAGCCUCCAGACCACCACCAGAAGUGCUUCCAGAAACACGGCAAAUGUUGAAAGCUAGACAAGAUCGGGCAUCUUCGAUGAGGUUACGUCAGAAGAGAAUUCACUCGUCCAUCAAGAAAGAUCGUCAGUCCCCUACACUACAAGAUAUAUAAUUUUAUUAGUUUAAAGUCUGUACAUUGUAAGUAGCAUUUUUUCUCAGAAAAUAGGAAUAAUAAAAAACCUGGUGUGGCAUUAGUUAUUUUUGAUGUAUUA